GCGAGUCCGCAGCUCAGACGAGGGGCUGGCAGCCCGGCUCCCGCGCUGCGGUGGCGACCAAGGCGGGCCCGGCUCCCCGGCUGCCCGCGCCCGCGUGUUCGGACAGCGGCAGCCGCCGGGCCGGGAGCAACUGCGCCCCGCGCUGCAGCAUGGAGGCGGCGGCAGCGGCGGGCGCGCGGCCGUGAGCCCGGCCCUCGCCGCAGUGACGGGAGCCGCCGCGCCGCCCAGACUCCGACUCAGGCGCGACCCCCGCCGGGGCCGCCACGCCGCCCUCCGCGCCUCGGAGCCGGGCGUGUUCCGGACUGAUUACCCGGGCCUCCUAGAGAAAAGGGCCCGUCGGGCGCCGGCAAAUCCCCGGGCAGGCGAGGCGCGGGGGCGUUGCAGCCUCAAGGCUCCCGGUCCAGUCCCGGGUUUAGGAAUCCGCGCCAAACUCCCCCGGAGGCUUUGUUCCGAAGACGCCUCCUCCCUCCAGGUCCGCUGGCGCCGCGGGUCCCGGGCUCCGGAGCGAGUUCCGCGGAGCCCGGGCGGCGCGGAAGGAUCCGAGUCUCAGAGCUGGAGGCAAACUCGUCCAGGAGAGGGACUGCGCGGCGACACCUCCGACACCUCCGAAAAAUAG